CCCCGUGGCUUCUCUCCCUAUCUCCCCUGUCCGUCCACCGUUCACUCCUGAUUUCCACACACUUAUCCAUCCCUAUUUGCCCAUUUCGAAAUCUCUCUCAUUUUCUCUCUUCUCCCCUACACCCUGAUGUAUUACCUCUUCACCCCCCUCAUUUCUCUUCAUCUUCUCCCUCCCUCACAGGUGCGGUGUGCAUCGCCCAGUCCCAGAGGAUCCCCAGGGAGCCAACGCCUGGCCAGUUUGACAGAGCCAUCCUCCGCCUGCUGGAGACCCCUAGCGCACGUGCAGUCAUUAUGUUUGCUAAUGAGGAUGACAUCAGACGGAUCCUAGAAGCUGCCAAACGCAACAAUCUCACAGGUCACUUCCUGUGGGUGGGUUCAGACAGCUGGGGCUCCAAGGUUUCGCCCGUGGUGCAUCAGGAGGACAUAGCAGAGGGGGCCAUCACCAUCCUGCCACAGAGAGCAUCAGUGUCUGCUUUUGACAGGUACUUCAAGAGCCGUUCUUUGUCCAACAAUCGGCGCAACGUUUGGUUUGCUGAAUUCUGGGAAGAAAACUUUGAGUGCAAGUUAGGCAUGCAUGCCAAACGGCCAGGUAGUCUGAAGAAAUGCACAGGACUGGAGAAAAUUGGCAGAGAUUCUACCUUUGAGCAAGAAGGGAAGGUCCAGUUUGUGAUGGACGCUGUUUAUGCCAUGUCCCAUGCUCUGCAUAAGAUGCACCUGGACCUCUGCGCAGGAUACCCGGGCCUCUGCCCGCGGAUGAGUAACGUGGACGGCAAAAAACUGCUCAACUACAUCCGGGCGGUCAACUUCAGCGGAAGUGCCAAGACCCCGGUUGUGUUCAAUGAGAACGGAGAUGCUCCCGGACGAUAUGACAUCUUUCAGUACCAGUCUUCCAACACAUCAGGAGGAGAAUACAAAGUCAUUGGUCACUGGAUAGACCAUUUACAUUUAGAUAUGGAUGUCCUGCAGUGGGCCAGUGGAGACUACUCCGUGCCCCCUUCCGUGUGCAGCACACCUUGCCAGACGGGCGAGCGCAAGAAGAUUGUGAAGGGCGUGCCGUGCUGCUGGCACUGCGAGGUGUGUGCUGGCUUCCACUACCAGGCCAGUGAGGUCACCUGUGAGCUGUGCCCCUAUGAGCAGCGGCCCGACGUGAACCGCACCGGCUGCUCGGCCAUCCCCAUCGUCCAACUGGACUGGCACUCGCCCUGGGUCAUCAUGCCCAUCAUUCUUGCCGUGCUGGGAAUCCUGGCCACCGCGGUCGUGAUGGUCACGUUCGUGCGCUACAACGACACGCCCAUCGUCCGAGCGUCGGGCCGCGAGAUGAGCUACGUGCUGCUGACGGGCAUCUUCCUGUGCUACGCCAUCACCUUCCCCAUGGUCUCCACGCCGGGCCUGGCGGCCUGCUCCUUCCGCCGCCUCCUCCUAGGCCUGGGGAUGAGCAUCAGCUACUCGGCGCUGCUGACCAAGACCAACCGCAUCCACCGCAUCUUCGAGCGGGGCAAGUGCUCCGUGGCCGCGCCCCGCUUCAUCAGCCCGCCCUCGCAGCUGGCCAUCACCUUCAGCCUCAUCUCCGUGCAGCUGCUGGGCGUCUUCGUGUGGUUCGUGGCGGACCCGCCCAACACCGUGAUCGACUACGGCGAGCAGCGCACCCAGGACCCGUCCAGCGCCCGCGGGACGCUGAAGUGUGACAUCUCGGACCUGGCUCUGAUCUGCUCGCUGAGCUACAGCAUCCUCCUGGUUGUGACGUGCACGGUGUACGCCAUCAAGACUCGUGGGGUCCCAGAGACCUUUAAUGAAGCCAAGCCCAUUGGAUUUACAAUGUAUACCACCUGCAUUAUCUGGCUGGCGUUCAUACCCAUCUUCUUUGGAACAGCACAGUCAGAAGAAAAGAUGUAUAUUCAGACCACGACCCUGACCACGUCCCUCAGCCUCAGCGCCUCCGUCUGCCUGGGGAUGCUCUACGUGCCCAAGGUGUACGUCAUCAUCUUCCACCCGGAGCAGAACGUGCCCAAGCACAAGCGCAGUUUUAAGGCCAUCGUGACCGCUGCCACCAUGACCAGUAAGCUCAGCCAGCUGGCCAGUGAGAGGCCCAACGGGGAGGCCAAGACAGAGCUCUGUGAGCCCAAGGGAAGCAGCUCUCCACCCUCAAAGAACACGUACGUGAGUUACACCAACCACGCCAUGUGAAAACAGAGCAGUACUUCACACACGGAUGCAUGUGGAGUCUGAUCUCACUCGGUUCUUAAUUAAGGACACGUCGUACUCACGAGGGAGCGAAGGGAGACGCACCCCCUAGGACUUGCACUCAGGCAGAAGAGAGUGCUCUGCGUAAAGGGUUUAAAGGCGAACGACAGUGAGGGUUGAAAAAAAAAAGCUGUCACAAUAGUUCUUAAAUUUGGUGUAAAUAUUCAGUGGCUGUCAUGAUUUUAAAUUGUUGUUGUCCAACAGUGUCUGACCAGCAUUAUGAAAGUCAUUUGUCAUUGCUAGCAGCAAAGCGUGUGUAUGACUAAAGCAUGCCAUUUUUUUAUACAAAUUGUUUAUUUAUAAUAAAGGAAUGUUUUGUACAUGUGUGAUAUUUUUGGGUGUGCAUUUGGGGGUACAUAUAAUUUGAUCAAACAUGACCUCAGUAACAGAAAUUUGGAUAAACCGGUUUCUUUGGACUAUGAAUAAAAAUGAGCUUUUUUACUCAA